GGGCCGCGGGGCGCGCUGCUGGCCUGGUGCCGCCGCCAGUGCGAGGGCUACCGCGGCGUGGACAUCCGCGACUUGAGCAGCUCCUUCCGGGACGGCCUGGCUUUCUGCGCCAUCCUGCACCGGCACCGGCCCGACCUGCUAGACUUCGAUUCACUUUCCAAGGACAAUGUUUUUGAGAAUAACCGUUUGGCCUUCGAGGUUGCUGAGAAGGAGCUGGGGAUCCCCGCUCUCCUGGACCCGAAUGACAUGGUCUCCAUGAGUGUCCCCGACUGCCUCAGCAUCAUGACCUAUGUGUCACAGUAUUACAACCACUUCUCCAGCCCUGGCCAAGCGGGUGUGUCGCCACCCAGAAAGGUCUUGGCACCCCCCUCCCCACCUUCUGAAGCAGCCACCCCAGUGGAACCAGGAGACGUGGCUCAGGGUGAGGAGCUCUCCUCGAGCAGCCUGUCAGAGCGGGGCACCCACCAGACCCCCAGCAGCACAUGUGCAGCCUGCCAGCAGCACGUACACCUGGUGCAGCGGUACCUGGUUGACGGCAAGUUGUACCACCGGCACUGCUUCCGUUACAGUUUUCUUUUCACUCUGCUGGAAGUCCCAGGUGUUGAACCAGGACCAGGGCUGGCAGUUGAUGUUGAUGGAGGCCCUGGUGUGGCAGCCACAGCUGAGGCCAGUGGGCCCAAGGACGGCCCUGAGGCCCGGCCCCAGAUACCCACCAAGCCCCGCCUUCCCAGCAAGCCCCAGGAGCUGGCCAGCCCCCCAGCCGGCCGCCCCACACCUGCCCCCAGGAAGACAUCUGAGAGCGUGGUUAUGACACCCCCCACGCCCCGGCCACGGCCCAGUCUGCAGCACGAGAACCCGGUGGAGCAGGGUGGCAGCGGUGGCCUCAUGAACGGAAGGCUGCACGAGCCGCCUGUCCCCAAGCCGAGAGGGACGCCCAAGUUGUCAGAGAGGACGCCGGCCCCCAGGAAGGACCCGCCAUGGAUCACACUGGUGCAAGCAGAACCAAAGAAGAAGCCAGCCCCUCUCCCGCCGAACAGCAGCCCCGGGCCGCCGAGCCACAGGCGGGUGGAGAACGGCGGCGUGGAGGAGGUGGCCCCGAAGAGCCUGGCCGCCGUCCUGGAGCCCAAGCCCUACAACCCCUUUGAGGAGGAGGGAGAGGAGGAGGAGUCCCUGGCUGCACCCAGCCUGGCCGCUGGCCCUGCCCCAGCCCCCCAGGAGUCCACGCCCAAGUCCCUGCACCCCUGGUAUGGCAUCACCCCCACCAGCAGCCCCAAGACCAAGAAGCGCCCCGCCCCCCGCGCACCCACCGCAUCCCCGCUCGUGCACCACACCUCUCGCCUCUCACACUCGGAGCCCCCCUCGUCCACCCCGUCGCCCGCCCUCAGUGUGGAGAGCCUGUCGUCUGAGAGUUCCAGCCAGACCACUGGCAGGGAGCUGCUGGAGCCACCUCCUGUGCCUAAGAGCUCCUCAGAGCCUGUGGUCCACGCCCCUGGCACACCUGGCACCUCUGCCAGCCUCUCGGCCGACUCUUCCCUGUCAUCCUCGGGGGAGCUGGUGCAGCGCAGCGCAGACCAGACCCCUCAAGCCAGUCUUGGCCCCACCACCAGUACUAGGGGCAGCCCGGGUCCCCAGGCGGCUAAGCCCUGCAGUGGUGCUGCCCCCACCCCUCUUGUGCUGGUUGGAGACAGGAGCCCUGCACCUUCCCCUGGAACCUCGUCCCCCCAGCUCCAGGUAAAGUCUUCCUGCAAGGAGAAUCCUUUUAACCGGAAGGCAUCCCCCACGGCCUCCCCGACCACAAGGAAGGCCACCAAAGGACCCAAGCCAGCGAGGCCGCCUGCCCCAGGACACGGUUUCCCACUCAUCAAGCGAAAGGUCCAGGCUGACCAGUACAUCCCCGAGGAAGACAUCCACGGGGAGAUGGACACUAUCGAGCGCCAGCUGGACGCCCUGGAGCACCGUGGCGUCCUGCUGGAGGAGAAGCUGCGUGGGGGAGUGAAUGAGGGCCGUGAGGACGACAUGCUGGUGGACUGGUUCAAGCUUAUCCACGAGAAACACUUGUUGGUGCGGCGGGAGUCAGAGCUGAUCUAUGUCUUCAAGCAGCAGAACCUGGAGCAGCGGCAGGCCGACGUGGAGUAUGAGCUCCGGUGCCUCCUCAACAAGCCGGAAAAGGACUGGACAGAGGAGGACCGGGGCCGGGAGCAGGUGCUGAUGCAGGAACUUGUGAACCUCAUUGAGCAGCGCAAUGCCAUUGUCAACUGCCUGGAUGAGGACCGGCAGAGGGAGGAAGAGGAAGACAAGAUGUUGGAAGCCAUGAUCAAGAGGAAAGAGUUCCAGAGGGAGGCUGAGUCCGAGGCCAAGAAGAAGGGCAAGUUCAAGACCAUGAAGGUGCUGAAGCUGCUGGGCAACAAGCGUGACACCAAGAGCAAGUCCCCUGGGGACAAGAGCUGA